CUUUCUCAAGUUCAGGAACUGAGCAGCGGAGACGCGUGUAGUGAGUCACGCUACGUGAAAUGAAAAGCUGUACGCGCCAAAAGUUGGAUGACGGUCUUAUCCUGAACCAUAAAUAGGCCGGUUUUCAGUUUCACGACUGGUUGUCCGGAGUUCAGGUCACGGAGGGAGUUUCCUGGUAAAGCAAUGGCAUUUCUCCAUCUUUCUGCGUUUAGAGCUUCCUCGCGCGCAGCGAUUCCGCUGCCCACUACUGCUUCUUCACGUCCGUCGUUGCCCGCCGUCCAAAUCCGUGCUUUGAACAGAUUCGACAACUGGGUCGAUGAUUUUAGGUCCAAGUCGUUGAGUUUGGUGCUUUCGGGAGCUCUCACUCUCGGCCUCUCUCUUUCAGGCCAGUUUUGCUUCAUCCUCCUGCCUCAGCGGUUCCUCUUUCUUGUUGCGACGAAGGUUUAGAGAGAAAAAGGAAACUAGUGUUUUACUUCCUCUGGAGCCGAAUUUUGCAGGGGUGGGUAUUGCGGAAGCAAAAGUAGGAGUUAACAAGCCUGAAUUGCUUCCCAAGGAGUUCACUACUGUCAUAGAUGUCGCUGGAUUCCUUUCCGAUGGCCAGGAGAGAAGACUUACUCAGGAGAUUGCUGAGAUUGAAAAGGAGACUGGAUUCAAGUUGAGAGUUCUAGCUCAAAAUUAUCCAGACACUCCAGGGCUGGCGAUCAGAGAUUUCUGGCAGGUGGAUGAUAGGACUGUCGUGUUCGUUGCUGAUCCAACGUUUGGAAAUAUUCUCAAUUUUAACGUUGGUGCUUCUGUUGAUCUGGACAUCCCACGGAGCUUCUGGAGCCGGCUGGCCGGGAAAUAUGGCAAUAUUUUUUACUGGAAAGAGAAGGGCGAAGAUGCAUCUAUUGAAGCUGCUGUGAUGGCAAUAUCCAGUUGCUUGAGAGAGCCUGUAGGCGCAAACAACUGCUCUGAAGUCAAAUAAGAUGAUACUCACUUGAUAAAAACGGCAGGAUAGAUGUCAGGAGAAAGGGCGCAGGUUAUUAUAAAUUUAGAUCUUCCUUCGUCUCCUGAUUUUGUGUGUUUGUAAUAUGGAGGAUAAUGCAAUGAUAACUGAAAUUGCUGGUCCUGCUUCAGCUAUAUUCAUUGUUGCUAUUUAUGGGCUCAAAACUAUUAAUGCUGUGGUACUGUGCAAAACCAAAGCUGCUUGUGGCUGAGUCUCUGCAAAAGAGCUGGAAAUGCGCAACUGAAAUGUUAUUAUAUUUUCACUACUUCGAACAUGAUUGCCUGAACAUUUGACUGUAAAUGAAGUUCUACAAGUCAUCCAAGCAUUAUAACCAAAUGGAAACUAGUUAGAAUGGUUAGUAUCUCUCAGCAACAAGAAACCAAAUUGUCUGGGAUAAACUGCUGUUCAGACAAGAAAGCUGGCAAAUCUUCUCAUACAAUGCAGUAAUAUAUAUAUAUAUAUAUAUCUUUAUUAUUAUUACUUAUAUCUUCUACCAUUCUGUACUUGCUCUUCUCACUUUCCCUCCAUGUAGAACCCUCUGAAGCUCCUCAGGAUGACAAGGCACUGCAAGAACACCUUCCUGGCCGAAACCAAAUUCAUCCUCAGCCUGUUCCAGCAAUUCAAGAAACUCUGGAUCAUUCAAGUCAUCCAACUCCACAACAAACCUAGUUGUUUUCCCACCUUUGGUUGCAGUCACGGCAAACUGCCCUUUCUUCACAUCGUUGGGAGGCAAUUUCCCAGCAUCUUUGUCUUCUUCGUCGAGCUCAGGAAUGCUUUUCAGCCUCUGCCCUCUUCUGGAUCCCAUCACCAAGAGACCCCUUUGCAGUUUUCUUGUGAAAAGCUUGAGCAUCAUCAAGCUUCGGAGGCUUUCAUCCUUGUUAAACAUGGCGGUUAAGAUUCAAUGUCUGUGAAUCCAAAGGUACGCGAUCCUAAUUUGGGUUUCUUUGCUUUCUCUGUAUUUGCUGAGAUGAGAUUUGGGAGAGGGUGAUGGGGAAGUAUAUACUGGAAGCCGGUCCUGAGGUUGGGUGACAUGGAUGAAACUUCUGAAGAACACAUGGGACCAUAUUGAUUUAGAUGCAACAUUGGUGACAUUUAAUGUCAUAAAUUGAUAGCUCAAUCCCACAGGCCAUUUUCUGUGGGACUUGACACAGUGGGGUUCUCUGAAAGACACGUUUUACGGUGGACAGAGAUUAUGUUGCUUCAAUUGUGUGGUUUUUUCAUCAUCCAUGGGUUGGGUAGUGGUUUCUUGUUAGUUAUCAACCAAGAAUCCGACUUCCCUAUCUGGUAAAAGUAAAGUAUGUCAUUCAUCCAUGCAUUCGUUCAUUCACCAUGGCUUGAGAAGAGUAACCUGACUCAAAGCUGCAUUUAUUAACCCAGUUGAACUGAGGAUUUAGCCUAUAGGUGACUUGACUCUUUCUUUGGCUGCUAGGCGAACCUAAUAAUCAUGGCAGGCCCUGCAGAAACUGCCAUGAAGAUAUUUCCUCUGCUACUUGGUUCAUUUGUUGCCUUGAUAUGUCAAUUCUAAACAGAACAUGGCCGACUUUCUCUUUAAUCGAGUAGUAGAAGCAGAACACGGUUUGCCUCUUGCCAGGAAAAAACCAACCUUCAUCUUCUCCAUCCACUCGUUUCUUUCUUUCCAUCGCAUGGCCUGAUGAGAUACUUUUGCUAGGAUAUUUUUCUGACCUUUCUUUUUCUUCCUUGUCGUUGAGAGUGUUGCAGGUUACAAUGUAUGCUGCACUUUGGUACGCAUUCUGGUACUCUGAGUACGGUGAAGCAAUGAACUAUUACAAAAGGAGAUGUGUACAAAUUGGGACACGGUUGGAACCUUGUAAGGGGAAGCAUAUGGGUAAAGCGGAUUGAAGCUGGUACAUAACCAUCGCGGGGAGCGGAUUAAACCUUUUUUUUUACUAUUGCUUAAUAGUGUGUUAUAAAAUGAUAAUUAUAAAAUAGGACUUUACUACGCUGUCUCGUAAAUUGGAGAAAACGGUCUAUGUUUUACACUAAAAGGUCUAUCACUUUU